GACUGAUGCUAAGCCCCUCGGAGGAGUCACCGUUGGAACGUCCCCCCUGCGGCGGCUGCUGGGAGUUCCAUGACGUCUCCUCCGCGGUCCGCGCCUGUGAGGAUGCCUACCUAGCGCUGGCGGUCGCUGCGGGGCUGCUGGCGGGUGGGGGCGAGCGGCCGGCCUCGCUGCAGCAGCUGCUGACGCGCCACCUGCGGGAGGUGUGCCCCGCGCCGCCCGGCCCCUCCGAGCUGGCGGCGCUGCGGGCGGCGCUGGAGGGCGGGCUGGCGCGGCGGCAGCUGGCGGCGGGGGAGGUGCUGUACGGCGCGGGGGCCGAGGUGCGCGAGGUGGUGUUGGUGGAGAGCGGCGCGCUGGUGGAGGAGGAGCACUACGAGGGCGGGGUGCGGGUGGGCAGUCGGGAGCAUGGGUCCGGGGUGGUGGUGGGUGCGGUGGAGUUCUUCCUGGCCCGCCCCGCGCCUGCCGCGGUGCGCUGUGCCUCGGCCAGCUGUACGCUGCUGGCGCUCGGACGAGCGGCGUACGGCAACCUGAUGGAGAGGCACCCGAGGGCGCUGGCGGCGCUGCAGGGGAUGAUGCUGAGGAGCGCGUGCAGUGAUUUGGCGAUGGCGCAGGAGGCGGCGCACCACGGGAUGGCGGUGUGAGGAGCUGCGACGUGGUCUGUGUUGGUAUGUUGAGAUCACAUGGUGGGGUUUGUGAGGCGUUGGGUAUGUGGAAUGUGGCAUUGGGGAGUGGGUUGCAUGGGACGGUAGAUGGAGAGAAGGAGCUUGUGUGGAAGGUGGAGAGUCGAAGCGCAGGAUGACUUGGCAAGCAGUCGGAGUUACGUGCAAAAAGUGAGUAGGAUCAGCUCUGUAUGCAUGGGUUAGUGGUUAGUGAGCAUGAAGGGGUUUUCCGCCUGGUGGCUUGCAGUUGGUGCGUGGGUUUAAGCAGGCUUAGCAGCUGGGACAGUUUCGAGGCGUAGAAAGGCGCGUUAUUGGCGUAGAAGCCUGGCUCGCAUGAAAAGUUUGGCUUGGCGCGGCACUUGGCUGGGCAAUUUUGCUAGCUAGGGACAGCAGAAGGAUAGGAGUUCCGGGGACAUCGUUGUGGGCGGAGCUGUCGCUUUACUUCGCUGGAGCUUAGUUCAUGACUCGAAUGCCGUUUUGUUCUGCUCGGCUGUUUGGCGACCGGAGUCCUUCGGUUGGUGCUAAGAAAGCACUAAGCUAGCUAGUGUUCAGGAGCCACUAAGCUUCCGGGUAGCUAGGUGUGAUCAUAGUCACACAGCAGGAUGAAGGCAACCGUCUUUUCGCCACUGUGGGGACAACAUUACAAUGAUUUCGUACUCCUCGUGAUAGGACCAAGACAUAGCUCAUUGAGGGAUGGAGCGUGGAAGGUGGGCAUGUCAGCUGCAUGGUAGUAGGCAGCUCGUGAAACACGGGGUUCGGCAAGGAAUUGUAAAACGAGUUGGAGUCUAUGCGAAGGUCGGCUGCAGAGAGCUGGGCCGCUGAAGUUAGAUCGCUUGCCCCAUGGUUCGAGGACUCAGCAUCG